AAGACCGUGAACAGCCGAAUAUUUUUAAUAACUUUGUAGCAUUUGAGAAAUUGACGAACAGUAAAAACUGCAACCCAUUGCAGGCUGGUCGCCCCCAACUUUACUCGCUGCCACAAUGCUCUUCUCUACAGCCAAAAGGACAGCUCUUCGAAGCAUCAACAACCUACCACGCUCUGCUUCCUUGUCUCCAGGCCUCUUUCACAAUAACCCCUCCGCUCUCCGCCGAUUACUGUCGUCAUUGGCUGUCCUAGAACAACGCGAUGGCAAACUCAACCACAGCUCACUAAGCGCAAUCACCGCCGCUAAGAAACUUGGAGGCUCGAUACAUGGCUUUGUCGCCGGGAGUAACAUAAAGGCUGUGGCAGAGGAAGCGGCAAAAGUAGAGGGGGUUGAGAAGAUAAUUGCGGUGGACAAUGCGGCAUAUGACAAGGGCCUACCAGAGAACUAUGCACCGCUCCUCAUCGAAAAUAUAAAAAAGGGCGGCUACACACACAUCAUCGCUGGGCACACGGCCUUUGGGAAGAGCUUAAUGCCACGGGUUGCUGCGCUCCUCGAUUCCCAACAGAUAUCCGACAUCACCGCCAUUGAAGACGAGAACACCUUUGUACGUCCGAUAUACGCCGGCAAUGCCAUCGCCACCGUCGAGUCCACCGAUGAAAUCAAAAUCAUCACCCUCCGUGGCACCGCUUUCCCCGCCGCCGAAGCGCAUGGCGGCUCAGCGGCUGUGGAAGACGGUGUCGACCCCAACGUAGAGAUCUCCAUAGAAUGGGUUUCCGAAGACCUGGCCAAGUCUGACCGACCCGACCUGGCGACUGCCGGCAGAGUUGUUUCCGGAGGGAGAGGUCUCAAGUCCAAGAAGGACUUUGACAGGCUGAUGCUCCCGCUUGCGGACUCGCUUGGCGCUGCUGUGGGCGCUUCUCGAGCUGCUGUCGAUAGCGGAUACGCCGACAACAGCUUGCAAGUUGGCCAGACUGGAAAGGUGGUUGCGCCUCAGCUCUAUAUGGCCGUGGGUAUAUCCGGCGCCAUUCAACAUCUGGCGGGUAUGAAGGACAGCAAGGUGAUUGCGGCUAUCAACAAAGAUGCCGAUGCACCGAUAUUCCAGGUAGCUGAUGUGGGGUUGGUCGGAGACCUUUUUAAACAAGUACCAGAGUUGACGGAGAAGUUGAAGAGCUCAUAGGCUCAUAUCAAAGUUUAUAAAACUACUAAGUGAUAUAAUCACCC